CUGGAAGGGCGGUUACAUUACAAAGCUGAUUUGCUUUAAGUUUCAUUUUGAGUUAGCUGUUGUUGCAGAGGUAAGAGACCACACGGAUCUCCUCUAAAGGAGGCACAGAAUCUUUCUCCAAAGACACAGAUAAGUAGGCAGAAUAAUGAUGGCAUACAAGCAUGUGGUCGGCAUCUUUUCACGAGAUACUCGGGAUAAGUUUGAUUGGCUAAUCCGUUUCCUCCUGACCAUACCUGGAGUGAAUGACGUUCGAACUAUACAUAUCGCUAACACCAACUAUAUAGAGGUUAUGGACGAGGCCUUUAAGUGCACCUUUGCCAUCCUGUACCAUUCCAAGAACAGAGGAAGGAUAAAUGUAGCCGACGUGACAGACGCUCUCUAUGACAAAGAACUGGACGAUUUGUCUCGUUGUCUAGGAAGAGAUAGGGUCAUUGUAGUGAUAGAUGAUGUGGAGGACAGCUGUUUGGAGGCCAAGAACAAUAUCCUGCAGAAGCAGCCGAGCAUUGGGAGACUGACCAUAGAACUCUACCUCUUCGGUGACCAGGACAAGAAUUAUCAAGGAGAAGCAUCAAAUUUCACUGGAAACAAAUUGGUUCAUAUGAAGAGGUUAAUAAGUGGGAAAAUCAACAAGGACCAUCGUCCUGAAACCUCAGUAAACUAUGUCCAGUAUCCGGCUGACAGAAGUUUCCUCCAGAGAAUCAAUAAUGUACGAAAGCAUGUGCUUAGAGCAAGACUUUUCUAUCAGAUCACUAACUUGUCCAAGAAACACGCUUGUAUCGUUCUCUUUGGAAUUUGCAUAACUGUUAUAAUCAGUCUGGUUGUUACUCUGAGUAGACUAGUCUGUGGAGAGAAGAACGUUACUCUCACCUGUAAGCAUUAAGACCUUCUCUCCAUGAACCCAGAGAAGGUCCUUUCCAGCGCUUGGAACAGAACCCUCCUUCCUGAAUGUGAUAUAUAUAUAUCUCUAAACCUCACGCACUUCAUCCUGUAGACUAAACAUUGAACCUUGGAAACACAAUUCUCUAUUGUAACCAAACCAACUGCUUAUUAGAAAUCCCAUGUUCCCAUAUUGCUUGGCAAGUAGGUUUGUUUUUUUUGAUGCAUGGCGCAAUAAACUUUUUGUUUGGGUGAA